CGACAUGGCAAAGGAUUCAUUCAAUCGCCGUUGAAAGCUAAGGGCACUGGCUUAAACCCUAACAAGGAAGCUCAUCAGAAAAACCAGACUUAACUAAACCGAAAAUGGGAAAGAGAGACAAAAAACCACUGCAAUCAUCCUCCUCCGAUGAGCUUCUAAACACUCUAGGGGACUUCACUAGCAAGGAAAAUUGGGACAAGUUUUUCACUAUUCGCGGCAGCGAUGAUUCAUUCGAGUGGUACGCUGAGUGGACUGAGCUCCGACAACCUCUCCUCUCCCUCCUCCUCGACGGAGCUCCAUCUUCUGCAGACAAUGAUUCUAUUCCUCCUACUUCUUCGCUGCAACUUCUUGUGCCUGGUUGCGGCAAUUCGAGAUUAUCGGAGCAUUUAUACGACGCCGGAGUUAAAGAUAUUACUAAUAUUGAUUUCUCGAAAGUUGUGAUUUCCGAUAUGCUUAGGAGGAAUGUUAGAGAACGGCCUGGGAUGCGGUGGCGCGUAAUGGACAUGACUGCCAUGCAGUUUGCCGAUGAGACAUUUGAUGCUGUUGUUGAUAAAGGUGGAUUGGAUGCUUUGAUGGAGCCAGAGCUUGGGCCUAUGUUGGGUAGCCAAUAUUUGACAGAGGUGCAAAGAGUUCUGAAAUCUGGAGGGAAGUUUAUUUGUCUUACACUGGCGGAAUCUCAUGUUCUGGGUUUACUUUUCUCUAAGUUUCGGUUUGGCUGGAAAAUGAAAGUUGGUGCUGUCCCUCAUAAACCAUCUACCAAGCCUAGCCUUCGUACCUUUAUGGUGGUUGCUGAGAAAGAGAUUUCUACUGAUUUGCACCAGAUAACAACAUCGGUUAAUCACUGUUUUCUUGAUUCCAGCGGAAAUCAGGCUGCUGGUCUGCAUGAAGCUCUUGAAAAUGAAAACCGGAUUCGGAGAGAAUAUGCCAGUUCUGACAUAUUAUACUCUCUUGAAGAUCUGCAACUAGGAGCUAAAGGGGACUUAACAAAGCUUAGCCCAGGACGUCGAUUUCAACUCACUUUAGGUGGGCUAGGAGGUUCUUGUUUCACUUACAGAGCUGUACUUCUUGAUGCCAGGGAUCUUUCUGUCUCAUUUUCAUAUCAUUGUGGUGUUUUCAUUGUGCCUAAGACUCGAGCUCAUGAAUGGCUGUUCUCUUCAGAAGAAGGUCAGUGGAUGGUGGUUGAAAGCUCAAAAGCAGCUCGUUUGAUUAUGGUUUUACUGGACAGCAGCCACAUUAAUACUAGCAUGGAUGACAUUCAGAAGGAUUUAUCUCCUCUGGUUAAACAGUUGGCACCUGGAAAAGAUGACAAUGGAGCACAAAUACCUUUCAUGAUGGCGAAUGAUGGAAUCAAACAACGAAGUAUUGUGCACAAGGUUACAUCUUCAUUAACUGGUCCAAUAAUUGUUGAAGAUGUGGUUUAUGAAAAUGUUGAUGGUGAUAUUAGUCGCUUUUUGCCAUCUAAAGAUUUGAUAUUCCGUCGCCUUGUCUUCCAACGAACUGAGGGCUUGGUGCAGUCUGAAGCUCUUCUUAAAGGGGGUGAAUAUUCCCCUAAAAUCACUGAAAUAGACAGAAAGAAAACUACUUCAUCUUCCAAAUCCAAGAGAAGAGGAAAUCAUAAACGAAAUGAUGAAUCAAGCAACCGACUGAAGGUUUAUCAUGAUUAUUUGGCUAGUUCUUAUCAUACGGGUAUUAUUUCUGGCUUCAUGUUGAUUUCUUCUUAUUUAGAAAGCGUGGCAUCAGCUGGGAAUAUGGCUAAUGCAGUUGUAAUAGGUCUUGGAGCUGGUCUACUUCCAAUGUUUCUCCACAGAUGUAUGCCAUUUUUGCAUAUUGAGGUGGUGGAGUUAGAUCAUAUGAUACUUGAUCUUGCCAGGGGCUACUUUGGUUUAACUGAAGAUAAACAUUUGAAGGUGCACAUUGCUGAUGGGAUUAAGUUUGUUAGAGAGGUUAAACACUUUGGAACAGGUGAUGGACUGCCUGUCUUUCAAUCAGACAAGGAUGCUUCUGGAAGUUCACAGCCAUCUUCAAAUGGAAGUUGCUUUAUGUCUCAUGCAGAGGGCGGAAUGAGUUGUGGGGUUGAUAUACUUAUUAUUGAUGUGGACUCUUCAGACUCGAGCUCUGGAAUGACCUGCCCAGCUGCAGAUUUUGUGGAGGAGUCUUUUCUUCUGACUGUAAAAGAUUCUCUUUCUCAGCAUGGUCUCUUUGUAGUUAAUUUGGUAUCGCGGUCCUCAGCGAUUAAAGAUAUGGUUAUUUCAAGAAUGAAAACGGUCUUCAGCCAACUCUUCUGCCUUCAGCUUGAGGAAGACGUCAAUAUAGUUCUUUUUGGUCUUUGUUCAGAACUUCGCAUGAAGGAGGAUUCCUUUCCUGAGGCUGCUCUCCAGCUUGAGAAACUAUUGAAACUCAAUCACCCAGAGAUAAGCGAAAACAUUGUAGAUACUGCAAAGAAGAUCAAACGUUUGAAAUAAAAGGCAAUUUCCCAAGUUGAAAUUUUUGUUGGCUUGUGAAAUCAUGGACGAUGUAUCUAAAAGAUGAAUGUGAAGAGUGAAGACAAACCAAGGUUUUUGUGUGCUGGUAACAAGGCCACGCGGUAAUUACUCUCGACUGUUGGUUCAAUUGCUGGAUGCAAACAAAGUACAAAGAGGAUGUGAAUUGGAUCGAAGUCGGAUUUUUAUCUGCUUGUUCUUGGAAUUAUCAGAAUGUGUUGAGAAGUAUUGAUAUGCUCGUUGCUUGUGCCCAAGUUCUAUCUGUAAACUUAUUAGCUGUGUAUUUUUCUUUUGUAUUUUACUGUUGUCCUCAUUGAUAAUUUUGCUUCGAGAGGAUUUUAAAGAAGUACAAUUUUUUAUCAGGUCUUGGUGGCAGA